CCAUUUUUAAACAUUUUCUGAAUAUUAUUUUCCUUAUUUUAAAUAAAAAGAAAAGUUCUCUCUUUUAUCCUUCUGUUCCAGAAUUGUCUUCGCCGGAUCUCCGCGUCGAUCUACAUUCCGUCGCCGGCGUUCCUCAUCUUCGCCGAUCAAUUAACUUCUAAAUUUGCAAUUAGUAAUAAUUCCUUGGGAACGAUGAGUCGGGUGUUUGAAGGAUAUGAGCGGCAAUACUGUGAACUUUCUGCGGUUCUCUCAAAGAAGUCUACUUCAGCUCUUGCUCUUGAUGGAGAACAAAAGAAGCAGAAGCUAUCUGAAAUCAAAUCUGGAGUUGAGGAUGCAGAGACAUUGAUUAAGAAAAUGGACCUCGAGGCGAGAAGCCUACCACCCAAUGUGAAAUCCAGCCUCCUUGUGAAGUUAAGGGAAUACAAAUCCGAUCUGAACAAUUUCAAGAGUGAGUUAAAGAGAAUCACAUCUGGAAACCUAAACGUUGCAGCUCGAGAUGAGUUACUAGAAGCUGGUUUGGCUGACACAAUGACGGCUUCAGCUGAUCAGAGAUCAAGAUUGAUGAUGUCUACAGACCGGCUAGGCCGAACCACAGACAGGAUCAGGGACAGUCGGAAAACAAUGUUGGAGACUGAAGAGCUUGGUGUUUCGAUCCUUCAGGAUUUGCACGGCCAGAGACAAUCUCUACUACGUGCACAUGAGACGCUUCAUGGAGUCGAUGAUAACGUGGGGAAGAGCAAGAAGAUAUUGACAGCAAUGACAAGGAGGAUGAACAGGAACAAAUGGACCAUUGGGGCCAUCAUCACAGUCCUUGUCCUCGCCAUAAUCUUGAUCUUAUACUUCAAACUCACCAGGUGAAGCCUCUGGUCGAAUCUAUGUGGCUGAACAACUCGUGUGUGUUCUCUCGUGCGUCUUCUUCUUGUUCUUCUUCUCUUGAGUUGUGUGUAUUUGUGCUCCUAUUUGUCUUUUGACUCUGCUAAUCAAAAGUUACUGGUCAUGGCAUCGUUGUGGCGAUUUUGUUGAUGAGUUUACUUU